AUGCAUGAUACCGUUACAAACCCAUUUUGUAGUUAUCUGCGACCGCGCCCCAGCGGCAACCAAGAUGGCGGCCGACGGAUGCAGGCCCACGCGAAACGCAAUGGGACUGUAUCCGACCAGGCACAAAUAUCACUUCUUGAAUCUUCAGCACUACACACAGCGGAGCCACACAACUGCACUUCACCCGAGACGAUUUUAGAAUGUGGGCGCUUGACGUCAUGGCCGCCUUUUAUACUCAACCUGAGGCGGGGGGCCGCACUGCGCAGUUGGCCACAAAAUGGCGUCAUUCCAACGGCAAAACAAUGGCCGAACAUUGCCGAUGAUAACCGAAAACUUACGACCGUUUUGUGUUUAUUCGAAAAUGUUGUUGUAUAUGAUGGCACGAGGGUUCCGUCGUAUAUUUUAAUAUCCACGUGA